UGCAUCGCCGCGUCUACCGUUUGAUCUAAUUAGAUGGUUUAAUUCCCAGCGUGGCAUCCUCUGCAGUCUGUAUCCGUUGAGGAGAGAGAGAAUAAAGAACAUAACACCUAUCCGCUUCUACAGUGUCUGUGGAUGGGCUGCGGAUAUCUGCAUCUGCAGUCUCUGUUUUUGAGUCACUAAGAAGAUGGCGGACAGGGCAGAGAUGUUUUCUCUCUCCACCUUCCACUCCCUCUCUCCUCCAGGAUGCAGGCCUGCUCAUGACAUCAGUCUGGAGGAGUUUGAUGAUGAAGAUUUGUCUGAGAUCACAGAUGACUGCGGCAUAGGCCUCAACUAUGACUCUGACCCUUAUGAAAAGGACUGUCUGAUUUUGGAAAAGAAUGAUUUCCACCAUCCUGUGUGCUCAUUUCAAGACGAUUUCCAAGAGUUCGAGAUGAUCGAUGAUGAAGAUGAUGAUGACGAGGAAGCAGAUCCUGACGCCCUUUCUUCACUGUCGGCAUCUCCACCCCCCUCCCCUACUCUUGACACUCUUAAGAGCCGUCCGACUACUCUAAACCUGACUGUACCAGUUUCACAGGACUCUCUGAACAACAACAGUAAAGCACCAUCACGAAAGUCAAGCUGGCAGGAUUCUCUUCGAAACCUUACGUCACAGGGCUGUUUGUCUCCAAACCACUCUUGCCUUGAAGAUGGAUCGCAUGUGACUGCCAUAUGUCCAGGGGCUCCAGGCACCACCGGCUCUGCCAAAGGUACACCCUCAAACCCACCAGGACAGUGUGGUCUCCAUCAGUCACCGGGCAGACCCCUGCUCUACGACUUUGAGGGCAACAGACGAGAAAGACCGGAAUAUGGCUCCUUUUGUCAACAUAACUCCUCUGGCGGCUCUGAAGUCACUGAGGUGAAACCUGAUACUGAGGAUACCACCCUAAGCGAGCUUGUCCCCUCGACAGAUGACUGUACUUCCCAGUGCUCCGACACAGAGGUUGACCAUGAUCUGAAUGGCCAUGGCAAACGUCAAACUUGCUGCUCUCGACCUACCAAUGACACUUACACCGUCAACUCGGAGACAGCUGACGACCCAGAGCUGGAAAACGACGGGACCAGCAGAUGUUUCUCCUCAACUGCACCUCUUGGCAACGAAGCUGAGACACCGCUGUCGGACGAGGAGCUGGACAAAGAGUUUGACAUUGACUUCAUGGGCAAGGAGUACUAUGAUCAAACCUGUAUGGACGCUGAGGGCUAUGUGGAGUUUCCCUGCAUCGAACCCAUCGAGUUAGUUUCUGUCUCUAGCUACGUAUCGUCCAGUCGAUCAGACAUCCUUGAUGCUGUUGAUGAACCUCGAGAUAUGCUUCAGGCUAGGCCUGUGGCUGCUCCUGAUGCUGCGGACGACACAACAUCUCCUUCCUCAGAUCCUGGAAUUGCUGAUAUGAACGCCAAGCACUACACAGAGUCAGACCGUCACAGCGAUGACCUUAGUUCUCCUGGAUCAGACUCUGAUAUUGAAGGUGAAAUUGAGGCUGCAUUUGCAUGCGAUGGUCCUCUUGCUAGCAACAUGAUUUCAUCCAUUUCAGAGACAGAACUAGACCUGACAAGUGAAUCCAGCAGUGGACGCUCCUCGCAUCUCACCAAUUCCAUUGAAGAAGCCAGUUCCCCAACCUCUGACCCAGAACUUGACCAGGAGCUGGACACCAAGCAGGACAGUGGGAUUAUAGGUCUGAAGGCAUCCCUUCUUCUGGGCCAUCCUGAGCCAAUUAAGCAAGACUAUUCGCCAGCGCUAGAUCCCAGUCCACUGGAUGACGGCCAAGCUCUGAUAGGUCUGCAGAAUGUAGACGAUGAACAGGUUUACGAGCACCAAGCUGAUCCUGACGAGACUCUUCCCCCUGCCAUCCUCUGUGAGGACAGCAGCUCUCAGCAGUUGCUGCUCAAGAUUGAGCCCGACCACAGUCUCGAAAGCUUCAAACGCUCCUUCUACUUGCCGGUCGGCCCCAAGCUCAUGCCCUCAGUGGAUGACUAUGAUGGCAACAGCGAGGGCGAUUCUGACUCUGAGUCGGAGGACGAGCUCAGUGAAAACUCAGACUCUCCUUGGCUUCUCAGCAACCUGGUCAACAGGUUGAUCUCGGAAGGCUCCUACCCAAUCAACUGCCCAGAAGACUGCUUCAAAAGCUCAACCUCCAUCUCGGACACCAUCUCACCAUCGUCUGACCUGGAAACAGAUGCUUUCAACGAGACAGAUGGGUGCAAAUCUGAAAAGUUAGAGGAUCUGACUUUUGAAAGAGCAAAGGUUACUGAGGACAAGGAGAAGGAGAAAGAAGCCUUCUGUAUGGAUGGUAAGAGAACAGACUCUUGUCUGUAUAUGAGCAACCUAAAGAAUUACGAAUCUGAGGAACUUGCAUCCAAACAAUCCUCAAAAAACAAACAAAAGGAGGAAGAAGAGCGGCCAAAUAAUGACUUGAUGAUGGAGAGAAUGAAGGAGCUCGACUCUCCUAGCUUGAGCGAGAGCAUCACCAGCGACAAGGAUGAGGGGCGGGAGACGAGCGUCGAUGAACUCAGUUUGCAGAGAAUCACGGAGGUGAAAAACAGCCUCACGCUGGAUCUCCCGACAGCACAGACCAAUCACUGUUUCAGUCUCACUUACUCAACCGAUAAUGAUGAACAGGAUACAUCUCCUUUUCGGGAGGAUCUUCAUAAGGUACCUUCACCAUAUGGAAACGAGACUUACUUGGACAGUUCCCCACCUAUUGAUGAGAGUGUGCGAGAGUUGAGGAACGUUACUUCUGAGCAUGUACAUGGGCGGCCAGUCGAUGACUCCUUGGCGUAUGAUUCGAUGAAGUACACCCUUGUGGUAGAUGAAAACACAACGCUUGAGCUGGUGAGCCUUAAGCGCUGCACCUCUGUACUUAGCGAGGACAGCGAUGGACUCUCAACGAUCUGUGACGAAGAGGCGGUUGAUGAAGAUGAAUACUUUUAUAGGCGGGGCCAGAUAGUUGGAGGCAUGAGACCCAAUCUGCUUUUAAGCUCCUCUGAAGAAGACUCGUCCCCUGAGGCAGAUAUGCCUUUCUCCAAAAAGUUCCUCAAUGUGUUUGUCAACGGCACAUCACGAUCCUCCAGUACAGAGUCAUUUGGGCUUUUCUCGUGCACGAUAAAUGGAGAAGAAAGAGACCAGACUCACAGAGCGGUCUUCAGGUUCAUCCCACGUCAUGCAGAUGAACUGGAGCUGGAUGUUGAUGAUCCACUCUUUGUUGAGGAAGAGGAAGAUGAUUAUUGGUAUUGUGGGUACAAUAUGCGCACAGGGGCAAGAGGGAUUUUCCCAGCGUACUACGCUCAUGAGGUCGUCUGCCAAACAAAAGACAUGAUGACAAUGAAGAGGAACACUGCUUGGAUGGAGAGUUUCCGAGUGCAGUUCCUGGGGUCGGUGGAAGUUCCUUAUCACCAAGGCAACGGCAUCCUUUGUGCUGCCAUGCAGAAGAUUGCUAUGGCGAGGAAGAGGACGGUGCAUCUCCAUCCCCCGUCAAUCUGUGAGCUGGAAAUAAGCCUACAGGGGGUCAAACUUGUCAUGAGUUUGGACGAUGAGUACGACUUUUCAGGAGAGUUUGACAGAUGUAGUCACUUCUUCCAAAUGAAAAACAUCUCCUUCUGUGGAUGUCAUCCCAAAAACAACUGUUAUUUUGGUUUCAUCACCAAACACCCGAUGCUGAACAGGUUUGCAUGUCACGUCUUUGUCUCUCAGGACUCUAUGAGACAUGUAGCCGAGUGUGUAGGGCGGGCAUUCCAGGAGUACUAUCAGGAGCACCUAGAAUACGCCUGUCCUACUGAGGAUAUCUACCUUGAGUAGAGGAGGAAAAGUGUAACCGUGGCAACUGCUGUCCCCCAUGACAGAGGCCAGUUUCUGGGCUCGGCCACUAGGAGGCGCCUGGCAGCCUUUCUCAAAUGUAACAUAGGCCUCAUCUCUCCUCUCUUCCUCAGUCUCUCUUGUUCUCAUGACAUGAACUGAGAUACUCUACAUAGGCUCUUAGUGGUCUGUCUAUUUAUUUCAAUGUUUCUCGAUUAAUUUAAUGAAUUAUCUUCAUUGAGAUGGAUUGCUCGUUUAUUGAACUUUUCUACUAUAUUAUUAGAGGGGGACAUGGUUUGGGGUGGACACACCCUGUUUUUUUUUUAUAGUCCUGGUUUAGAAAUGGCAAAAUAUGACUUCACAUGUUUGAAUGCAUGGCUUUGAGGGUUAUGCUCACAAACGCACACACACAUGAAUGUGUAAAAAUGGGGGGAAAAGCUAAUCUGAAGUCCAGGAUUGUAUGUAAAUAUGUAUUUGUCUGAUACGUUGCUGUAUUGGGUUUGUACUAAAAAGGACAGGGCAGCAGGACGUGACCUGGGAUCGGGGAUUGGUCUACAGAUUGCCUGUUCCACUGUAGUAGAAGGUUUACUGUAAGUUCGUGAUUUUACCGCAUUGUAAAUACUGUAUAAUUAGGGAGGAUUGUAGGUGAACACAAAUGCUUCAUUACAUUAUAGUAUGUGUCCUGCGUCAUCUGUGUGAUUGGAAGAAUGGGGCGGAUUGCAGGUAGGCCGGGUGGUCUAUACUUUGGGCGAAUUACACGGAAGCCUGUGAAAAAAAUGUCUGAGUCCUAUUUCA